UGUUAUUAACAUUAUCAGACAGAAGUAUACAAACUAGUUAAAAUAAACGGCAGUAGGUAGAAAUUUCGGGAAGAAAUGUGUAAACCUUCAGAAUUCCUAACUUGCAAACACAUUUUAAUUGUCGUAGUCUUCUUGGGUUUCAUGUUACAUCAUAUGUUAAGAAUUAACAUGUCAGUGGCUAUAAUCGAUAUGAUUGUCAGUAAUGGUUCCAAUAUGACAGAAGUACAACGCUUUGACUGGAACGAAGAACAGAAAAAUGAUAUUUUGGGAUGUUUCUUUUGGGGUUAUAUUGUAGCAUCUCUUGCAUCAGGCCAUUUAUCCGAGGUAUAUGGAACUCGUGCUGUCUUAGGUUCUGGUCUAGUUUUAGCCACAAUUUGUACCCUUCUCACACCUCUCGUAACGUCAUACCUGAGUUAUACCUAUCUGAUAGUACUAAGAAUAGGUGUAGGGAUUGGUUUAGGUGUACAGUUUUCGUCUAUAAUGCCAUUAGCGACGAAAUGGAUACCUCCAACUGAUAUGUCAAAAUUUUUAUCAACAAUGUUGGCCAGUCAAUUAGGUACAGCUGCAACCUUGAUAUUUUGUGGAUAUUUGAUCAAAGCUUUUGGAUGGCCUAGUGUUUUCUACGUUACUGGUGCUAUUGGCGCAACGUGGUGUUUACCAUGGUUUUAUUGUGUUUAUGAUUCACCAAGACAACACCCAAGAAUCAGCAAAGAAGAACUACAAUACCUUCAGCAAAGGGUAAAGUUUCAAACAAGUGCAGUUCCAUCAAGAAAACCUUGGGCAGCAAUUCUGACUUCACGUCCAGUCUGGGCUAUAGUGAUAGCAUUUACUUGCGUGCUUUUUAAUGUACACAGUGCAAUAAAUUACACAUCUCUGUAUAUGAAUCAAGUACUUAAGUUUAAUAUCAAAGCAAAUGGAUUAAUUUCAAGUUUACCCUUCAUAGCUACGUAUCUUUCGUCAGUUUUGUCGAGCUUCCUAGCAGAUAAAUGGAACAAAACUGGUUAUUUAUCUGUUUAUGCCAUACGACAAAUUUUUACCGUGGGAGCAUUUUGGGUUUCUGUGUUCUCUCUCAUAGUGCAAUCAAUUUGGGGUUAUAAUUAUAUCGUUUCUGUGGUGACCUUCAUUAUUUGGCAAAGUAGUACAGGUUGUCAUAUUGCUGGUUGCAUACCUAACGCUGUAGAUGUCACACCAAAUUAUUCUGGCACUAUCCUGGGUUUGGGAACUAGUUUGGGGAGCAUUAUGGGUUACAUGUCAACAAAAAUUGUAGCCACGUUUAUAAAAAAUGAGCAAAAUUUCAACCAAUGGAGAGUUUUUUUCUGGGCCGCAAUUGCAGUGAAUGUGGUGGGAGCGGGAUUUUACUAUAUUUUUGCAUCAACCGAAGUGCAAGAAUGGAAUAAUGCACCUCUUUGUUUGGAGAAACAAGAAAACUGCGACGAUGCGAUGGAACUAUGUGAAAUUAACGGAAAAUAAAACUAAAAACUACACUAGGUAUUAAGGUUGUGUUAAGAAGCCAUUAAAAUUAUUGAUCUAUUAGCUUGUCUAGUUGACAAUAUUAGUUAAAAAUAUUUCUUUAA